AUGAAGCAAAGGUCGGAAUCCAUGGACACCGCCACAACCAACCACCGUCAGAUGCAGGAGGACGACGUCGAGUAUACGACAGUGGCCAUUCAUAGCCAAGUUCUGAAAAUCAAGCAGGAAUUGGAGAAGACGAUGCAACCGGAGCUGAGAUCGGUUUUACGAGAAUUCUCACGGCAGCCGAAGCGUUCACGCUCGCCCUUGGGAAUCACAAACCGGCGUAUCUCCGUCGGCAACGCCUAG